GCGGGCUGCACUAAGAUGGCUGCGGAGGGGCUGUUCACGUCUGUGUGUCUGCCGGAGGACGACUAGCCCCGGUUCGGCCCGGUUCAGCCCGGAUCGGCCCGGUUAAGCCCGGCUCAGCCCGACCCGCGGACCCCCGGUUCCCCGGUCCCGGACCAGGACACAGAAACAUGGGGUCGCAGACGCUGCAGAUCCUCCGGCAGGGGGUCUGGGCUUCGGUCACGGGCGGCUGGUACUACGACCCGGACCAGAACACGUUCGUCAACGCGUUCCACCUCUACAUCUGGCUGUUCCUGCUGUGUUUCCCCUUCACGCUGUACAUGGCCCUGCCGCCCAGCAUGGUGAUCGUGGGGAUCUACUGCGGCGUGAUCGCGGCCAUCUUCCUGCUGCUGAAGGCGGUGAACUACCGGCUCCACCACGCCCUGGACGAGGGGGAGGUGGUGGAGCACCAGGCCCAGGAGAGCCAGGGCAGCCGGGGCGGCACCGAGGGGGCCAGCGACGGAGGGGCCACCCGCCGGGAGGACAGCAACGGGCCGGGGGACCCUGGAGGGGGCAUGGAGAUGGCAGACUUCAUCCGGCAGGAGACUCCGCCGGUGGACUGCAGCUCCAGGAACUCCUACAUCGGGAUGGAGAGUCAGCAGCAGGUCACGUCGACGCACGGCAGGUCGACGACUAUCAAAGGAGACACGGGGAAGACCUCGGAUGACAUCAGCUUGACCCUUGUGGAGAGCUGCAGCCACGACCACGGUCUGCUGGCCGAGGCCAGGAUGUACCGCCUGGUCCCCAACGACUCCUUGUCGUCGCUGCAGCCGUCCACCUCGCUGUGUCCCUCGGAGCUGUCCCGGGAGCCGGCCGACCCGUUCAGCCGCUCCCAGUCCUCCUGCGACGCCGAGGCGUCCUCCCACCCGUCGGGGGGGGCCUUCAAGAAGGAGCCGCACCCCCGGGGGCUGCCCCGGACCUCCAGCUCGGCCGGCUCCGCCUUCCCCGACCCCAGCCUGCCGGACUUCGCCCUGUACCCCCCCCCCAGGAGGGGCGGCCUGGACACGGUGUGUGAACUGGAGGCGGCCCGGCCCGGCCCCCGGGGGGUGGUGGGGGUUCCCCCGGACCCGCGGCGGGAGGCCGGCGAGGGCUGCUCGGGGCUGUACCAGGUGGAGGCGGGCGGGUCGCGGGGCUCCGCCGGCGGGGCGGGGGGGGCCCGCGGGGGCGAGCGCAGCGCCGACAGCCUGAGGAGCCUCAGCAGCCGCAGCAGCGGCUCCACGGAGAGCUACGCUAGCGGCACGGACCGCGACACCAACAGCACCGUCAGCAGCUUCCACAGCGAGCAGACGGGCUCCACCCACCUGGAGAGCUUGCCGUCGCUGUCGGGGGACGAGCACCCAAGGGACCGGGGCGAGGCGCCGCCCGACGGCAGGACUCCCGGCCUCGGCGGCGCCGGCAGCCGCCCGUCCAGGGAGGCCAACAAGAACCCACACGCUAACGAGCUAACGGCUGGCUACGCCCCCGGGGUAACAGCUAGCCAGCCCCCUGAGCUAACAGCUGGCCACGCCCCCGCCCCGGAGCAGGGCGGGGGGGAGGCGGGGGCCGACCCGGGCCCCAGGACCAGCGCCGACGGCGCCCCGGAGCAGGGGGGCGGGGCCCGGGCCGCUGGCGUCGGUCGGACGUCGUCCAUGUCGGCGGGGCGCGUCAGCCGCCGCCACGCCAGCAAGAAGAGAGCCAGCAGCUUCGAUGCUAGCCGCCACCGGGACAUCAAGUGUCUGCGGGGGGGGGCGCGGCCCUGCGCCGGUGGGGGGGAGGACUCCAGCGACCAGAGCGAGCUCAGCUCCGCCCCCCCCAGCAGCUCCUCCAGCGCCGCCUCGCGCUCCCGCCGCUCGCCCGACGCCCACUUCCGGGCCCUGAAGGCCAAACACGGCGGCGCCGCCGCUAACUCCUCCUCCUCCUGCACCGUCCGGGCCGGCGCCGGCCCCGAGGGGGGGGGGCGGAGUGGAGGGCGGCGCCGCCCGUCCCGCCGGACCCCCAGCGCCGGCGGGGCCAGGACCCAUGCCCGAGUGCUGAGCCUGGACAGCGGCACUGCGGCCUGCCUCAGCGACGGCGGGCGCCUGGGGGCCCCGGCGCCGCCGCGGCCCCUCACCACCUCCAAGUCGGACCUGGAAGCCAAAGAAGGGGAGGUUCUGGACGCGGCGUCGCUGCUGGGCCGGGCCUCCCAGCUGGAGUCGGUGACCCGAUCCAGGAACAGCCUGCCCAACCAGACGGCCUUCAGCGAGCAGGAGGGGGGGGCGGCCUGUCUGCGGGCGCCAGGGAGCGAGGAGACGGUCGUGUUCCGUCGCGAGCGUAGCACGUUUCGCCGGCAGGCGGUCCGGCGGCGCCACAACGCCGGGAGUAACCCCACCCCUCCCACCUCCCUCGUUGGAUCUCCUCUCAGCCUUCAGGAGGCCCUGGGCCAGGCCCCCCCCCCGGGGCCGAAGGGGCAGCCCUCCAGAACCCCGUCCCAGGUGACCGUGCUGAGCACCAGCGCCUCCCUGCUGGCCAGGAACGGAAGCGUGCACCUGGAGGGUUCUCAGGACAAGGCCUCCACCGUCGGAGCCAGCAGCUUGCAGGAGGACUUUGGAAAGCUCACCCCCUCCCUGUACGAGGCCGGCGGCUGCGACAUGUCCCUGGUCAACUUCGAACCGGCAACCCGACGAGCCUCCCAUAACCUGUGGGACACAGACUCCCACCUCUCCAGUUCUACCUCAGUUCGCUUUUACCCUCAUGACCUGAUCCGUCUGAACCGCCUGCUGUCCAUGGACCCCGACCUCCUGGAGCAGCAGGACGGGGACUUGAGCCCGGAGCUCCAGGACGCCCCGCUGGGCCCAGACGACCCGGCGUCCUCGGCUGCUGCCGGCAAGGCCAAGCAGUACUACCGCCUGUGGCUUCUCCCCUACCUGUGGGUAGGGCUGCACUUUGACCGGCUCACGCUGCUGGCGCUGUUCGACAGGAACCGCGAGGUCCUGGAGAACGUGCUGGCCGUGGUGCUGGCUGUCCUGGUGGCCUUUCUGGGUUCCGUGCUGCUCGUCAACAACUUCUUCACCGACAUCUGGGUCUUCCAGUUCUGCCUGGUGAUGGCGAGCUGCCAGUACUCGCUGCUGAAGAGUGUUCAGCCAGACUCCUCCUCCCCCCGACACGGCCACAACCGCAUCAUCGCCUACAGCCGGCCCGUCUACUUCUGCCUGUGCUGCGGCCUGGUGUGGCUGCUGCACUACGGCAGCCUGAGGACGGCGGCGUCGCGCGUCAGUCUGUACGGCGUGGUGCUGACCAGCUCGCUGGUGCUGGCGUCGGCCCGGGACCUGGUCCUCGUCUUCACCCUGUGUUUCCCCGUCAUCUUCUUCGUGGGGCUGCUGCCGCAGGUCAACACCUUCGUCAUGUACCUGCUGGAGCAGCUGGACAUCCACGUGUUCGGGGGCAACGCCUCCACCAGCCUGCUGGCCUCGCUCUACAGCGUCCUGCGCAGCGUGGUCACCGUCGCUCUGCUCUACGGCUUCUGCUACGGAGCGCUGAAGGAGAACUGGGAGCAGCAGCACAUCCCUGUGCUGUUUUCCGUCUUCUGCGGCCUCUUGGUGGCCGUGUCGUACCACCUGAGCCGGCAGAGCAGCGACCCGUCGGUGCUCCUGUCACUGAUCCAGUCCAAGAUUUUACCCAAAUUAAAGGACAAGAACCCUGAGGACCCGCUGUCGGAGGUGGAGGACCCGCUCCCCGAGAAGCUGAGGGCCUCGGUGAACGAGCGUCUGCAGUCGGACCUGAUCGUCUGCGUCGUCGUCGCUGUCCUGUACUUCGCCAUCCACGUCAGCACCGUCUUCAUCGCCCUGCAGCCCUUCCUGAGCUACGUCCUGUACGCCCUGCUGGGGACGGUCGGCCUCUUCACCCACUACCUGCUGCCUCAGGUCCGCAAGCAGCAGCCCUGGUUCUGCUUCUCCCACCCGCUCAUCAAGACCAGGGAGUACUACCAGUUCGAGGUCCGGGACGCAGCUCACGUCAUGUGGUUUGAAAAGCUCCACGUGUGGCUGCUGUUUGUGGAGAAGAACGUCCUGUAUCCCCUGGUCAUCCUCAACGAGCUGAGCGGCAGCGCCAGAGAGCUGGCCCGGCUAAAGAAGCUGAACACAGAGGUCAGCGCUCUCAUGAUCACGGUGGCCGGCCUGAAGCUGCUCCGCUCCUCCUACAGCAGCCCCACCUACCAGUACGUGACCAUCCUCUUCACUGUCCUCUUCUUCACCUUCGACUACCGCCACCUGUCAGAGACGCUGCUGCUGGACCUGUUCCUCAUGUCCAUCGUCUUCAGCAAGCUGUGGGAGCUGUUCUACAAGCUGCACUUCGUCUACACCUACAUCGCUCCGUGGCAGAUCACCUGGGGCUCCGCCUUCCACGCCUUCGCCCAGCCCUUCGCCGUUCCCCACUCGGCCAUGCUGUUCCUGCAGGCCGCCGUGUCGGCUGUCUUCUCCACCCCGCUCAACCCCUUCCUGGGCAGCGCCAUCUUCAUCACCUCCUACGUCCGUCCCGUCAAGUUCUGGGAGAGAGACUACAACACUAAGAGAGUGGAUCACUCCAACACCCGGCUGGCCUCGCAGCUGGACAGGAAUCCAGGGUUGGACGACAACAACCUGAACUCCAUCUUCUACGAGCACCUGACCCGGUCUCUGCAGCACAGCCUGUGUGGAGACCUGCUGCUGGGCCGCUGGGGCAACUUCACCACCGGGGACUGCUUCAUCCUGGCCUCCGACUACCUGAACGCCCUGGUGCACCUCGUCGAGAUCGGGAACGGCCUGGUCACCUUCCAGCUGCGCGGGCUGGAGUUCCGAGGGACGUACUGCCAGCAGCGCGAGGUGGAGGCCAUCACGGAGGGCGUGGAGGAGGACGAGGGCUGCUGCUGCUGCGAGCCGGGACACCUCCCUCACCUCCUGUCCUUCAACGCCGCCUUCGGCCAGCGCUGGCUGGCCUGGGAGGUGCUGGUCACCAAGUACGUGCUGGAGGGCUACAGCAUCUCCGACAACAGCGCCGCCUCCAUGCUGCAGGUGUUCGACCUGCGCCGCAUCCUCACCACCUACUACGUCAAGGGCAUCAUCUACUACGUGGUGGCGUCCCCCCGGCUGGAGGACUGGCUGGCCAACGACACCAUGAAGGACGGGCUGCGCGCCUGCGGGGAGAGGAACUACGUGGACCUGGACCCUACCUUCAACCCCAACAUCGACGAAGACUACGACCACCGGCUGGCCGGCAUCUCCAGGGACAGUUUCUGCUCCGUGUACCUGGGCUGGAUCCAGUACUGCAACUCCCGCCGGGCCCAGCCGCUGGACAGCGACAAGGACUCGGCGCUGGUGCUGCUCUGCCUGGGCCUGUGCCUGCUGGGACGGAGGGCUCUGGGGACGGCGGCCCACCACAUGUCCAGCAACCUGGAGUCCUUCCUGUACGGCCUCCACGCCUUGUUCAAGGGAGACUUCCGCAUCUCCUCGGUGAGGGACGAGUGGAUCUUCGCCGACAUGGAGCUGCUGAGGAAGGUGGUGGUGCCGGGAAUCCGGAUGUCCCUGAAGCUGCACCAGGACCACUUCACGUCCCCGGACGAGUACGAGGAAUCCUCCGUCCUGUUCGAGGCGAUCUCGUCCCACCAGCAGAACCUGGUCAUCGCCCACGAGGGCGACCCGGCCUGGCGCAGCGCCGUUCUGUCCAACGCCCCGUCGCUGCUGGCGCUGCGCCACGUCCUGGACGAGGGAACCAACGAGUACAAGAUCAUCAUGCUGAACCGACGCUUCCUCGGCUUCAGGGUCAUCAAGGUGAACCGGGAGUGCGUGCGCGGCCUCUGGGCCGGCCAGCAGCAGGAACUGGUCUUCCUGCGGAACCGGAACCCGGAGCGCGGCAGCAUCCAGAACGCCAAGCAGGCGCUGAGGAACAUGAUCAACUCGUCGUGCGACCAGCCCAUCGGCUACCCCAUCUACGUGUCGCCACUCACCACGUCCUACUGCGACUCGCACCCGCAGCUGGGCCACGUCCUGGGGGGGGCCAUCAGCCUGGCCAGCAUCGGGGGCUUCCUGCUCAGCACCUGGCACAGGUUGCGGAAGGGCUGCGGCGCCGGCUGCAACAGCGGGGGGAACAUCGAGGACUCGGACACCUGCGGCAGCGGCAACGGGACGGGAGGAGACUCCCACCAGAGCUCGGUGUCGCAGGGCGGACCGUCCGGACCGGCCGCCCCGCACUCCUACCAGCCGCACUCGCUGGGAACCAGCCAGAGCUCCCAGUCGGUCCAGUCGGGCCUGGUGCGCCACUCCCCGGCCCGGGCCUCCAUGGCCAGCCAGGCGUCCUCGUACCGCUACAGCAGCAGCCGCCACUCGUCGCUGCGCACCUCGGCCACGGGCCUGGAGCCGUGCCGGCGCUCGUCCAGCAGCCAGCUGUCGCUGCGCACGCUGCCCACGUCGCUGCAGCUGCGGCUAGGCCCCGGAAACGGGCCCGGCGCCGACCCGGCCGGCCCGUCCUCCUCGCUGUCCAGCCACAGCAUCCCGCCCUGCAAGCGCCACACGCUGGUGGGGCUGCUGGGCAGCGAGGGCGGCGCUGGGGCCGACCCGCUCAGCCAGCACCAGAACUACCAGAACUACCAGAACCACCAGAACCACCCGCAGCAGCACAACCCGGCCGGGCCCAGCCAGCGCAGGGACGACAUCUCCUACCGGGUGCAGAUCGUGGACGUGGGUCUCGUCCUGGAGACCAUCAACAUGUCCAAGCGGAAGGAGCUGCAGUGGCCCGACGACACGGUCAGACUGAGGGCCGGACGGACCUGGUGGAGGGACUGGAGCCCCGUGGAGGGAAUGGAGGGACAUGUGAUUCACCGGUGGGUGCCUUGUAGCCGAGACCCAGCCACCCGCUCCCAUAUCGACAAAACCAUCCUGCUGGUUCAGGUGGAAGAUAAGCUAGUGCCCGUCAUCGAGACGGGGGUCAUUGAGUUGGGCGCGGAGGUCUGAGACGAGCACACACACACACACACACACACACACACACGGGCGCUUGUGUGGCGGCGGAGCUGGACCUCCCAACAGGGACCGGGACCCCCCAGCCAAACAUUUAUCGACAUGCUUCAGCGCUCCACACCUACGUUUGCUGCCUUGCGUUGCGUCUCAGAAAUGCUGCAUGACGGCGAACAACCCCGGCUCGUUCUUGCUACUGGUAAUUACUUUCUAUGCAUUUCAUCAGCAGUUUCCUCGGAAACACUGACAGCUGAGUGUAAGAAGCAUCCUUUAAUAUUUUUGCCAAAUAAGUCUGUUGAAUAUCUGCCAUGUUUAUAUCCAUGUGAUGCUUUUUUUGGUUAUUUUCUUUGACUGCAGAGGAGGUCGGGAGGCAGGCGGCCGCCGCCGUUCCUCCACCGACCCGUUUCUUUGUCCUCAUUCCUGUUUGAUUAGUUUGAAAACUUUCAAGAUUUAUUUGCGCAAAGAAUUAGAAACUUGCACUAUUUUUCUUUUUUAAUUUCCAGUGAUGCACUACAAUCUUUAGAUGAUAUCGCAUUUUAUUUAUUACAGACUCUGAAUGGCCAUGGUUGCUGAUGCCUUGGGAAUAAAGAAAUGCAAUCAAGUUUCUGUUUUCAACUAUUUUCUGUUAAACUUGAAAAUAACUUACUGUAUAUGAUUUAUCUUUACAUAUAUAUAUUUACACAAAUAUAUAUAUAUCUAUAUAUAUAAAAUGUGUCUACGUAUAAAAUAUUUUGUUUUCAAUAUUUAUUACUGUGAACAUAUUAUUUACAUUUUUGUUACCUUUUUUUUGCUUUUCAUUUCGGGACAAAAGUUAUUGUAACACGGACCAUUGGUUGAAAACGAGAUUUUGAUGGACUGUUUCUCUAUUUAACUUAAUUUUUUUCUAUCUGGAGAAAUAAAAGUUUGGUUUAUUGCUGUC